GUGAACCAGAGAAACCUCCGACCCCACCGCCUUCUUCUCCAGUCUCCCCCCUCACCUCACACCCGGAAAUUCGGAUCAGCACCGAGCAGCAGCACGCUGGCAGUGAGUGGGAGCCUUCCAGUGGAAGGAGUCUUCCAAUGGCGGCCACCUCCUCCUCUUUCUUCGCCCCGCCCCCCGCGGCUCUGCUUCGCCACGGCGCUUCUCCCCGUCCUACCGCCGCGGCUUCCCCCUCCUCCUCCUGCCGCUGCCACGGCCGACUCCAGCGCCCGUCUGUUCGACUCCCCCGCCGCCGCUCAGCGGCCGCCCGACCCGUGAGGUUUUGCGUCAAUGGUGUCUAUGGGUGGCCGGCGGUGCCCAGGGGUUGGACUAAAAGGGGGCCGACAAAGGGUUUAUGCGCCGCUGGGGCACAUGACGAUGCUGUGAAUCAAGUUGGCGAGGAUGUCGACGACGACGGCAACGGAGUCCGUGUUUCCAAUGAGGCCCUCCGCGCCACUAUCCGGAAGAGCAGAGAGGUGCUGGCGAUGCACAGAGAUCUACUUGACCAGAUAUCAGAAAAGAAGAAGCUCAUCUCUGUUAUUGAGGCCAGCGCCAUUCAUAAUGGGCAAGAGCCAUUCAGUGGUAGUCCCUUUUCAAGCUCGGAUGCAGUUUCAGAGGGCAAAGAGAUUGGCUAUGAUCUUCAGAUGUACCUUGACAGGCGUUCACAGAAAUCCGAAAUCCGUUCAACUCAUGGAGAAUCUAUUAGUGGCCAGCAUGAAUACUAUGGAAGUUUAGAAGGCAAACUUUCCAACACUGAUGUUAAUGGAAGCAAGGUCAGCUAUGUUCACUAUCUGUACAAAACUUUCUCUAGUGCUGCUCCUAACGUAUAUGAACCACAAUCUGUUAAUGGCAUGGAGCAGGAUUAUGAAAAGGGACACUCAGUUACUGAGGAAAUAAAUGACAAUUCAUCUUCUUCGGCUGCUGUAGAUGUUAUGAAUAUCAUAUUGGUAGCUGCAGAAUGUGCUCCUUGGUCGAAAACAGGUGGACUUGGGGAUGUUGCUGGAGCUUUGCCGAAGGCUUUGUCAAAGAGAGGUCAUCGUGUCAUGGCGAUAGUACCAAUGUAUGGGAACUAUGAAGAACCUCACCAAAUAGGAGAACCAAAGAGGUACCAGGUCGCAGGGCAGGAUAUGGAGGUAAAAUAUCAUCAUGCAUACAUAGAUGGCGUGGAUUUUGUGUUUAUCGACAAUCCUAUCUUCCACAAUGUUGAGAGUGAAAUUUAUGGUGGAGACCGAACAGAUAUCUUGAAACGAAUGAUCUUAUUGUGCAAAGCAGCUGUAGAGGCUCCAUGGUGUGUUCCAUGUGGUGGUUUUUGCUACGGUGAUGGAAAUCUUGUAUUCAUAGCAAAUGACUGGCACACUGCAUUACUGCCUGUUUAUUUGAAGGCUUAUUAUCGUGACAAUGGUUUCAUGAUAUAUGCCCGCUCUGUCCUUGUGAUACACAAUAUAGCACAUCAGGGCCGUGGCCCCUUGGACGAUUUCAGUUACCUGGAUUUGCCCAGUAACUACAUGGACCUUUUUAAACAUCAUGACCCAUUUGGAGGUGAUCAUCUAAACAUAUUUGCUGCUGGGAUUAAAGCUGCGGACCGUUUACUUACUGUUAGCCAUGGUUAUGCAUGGGAGCUCAAAACGACUGAAGGUGGUUGGGGCCUUCAUGGGAUCAUUAACGAAAGUGAUUGGAAAUUCCAAGGCAUUGUAAAUGGUAUCGAUACCACUGAUUGGAAUCCUAGGUGUGAUGUCCACCUGAAAUCAGAUGGAUACAGCAACUAUUCUCUGGAAACUGUUGAAACAGGUAAAGCACAGUGUAAAGCGGCAUUGCAGAAAGAACUUGGUCUCCCGGUUCGUGGGGAUGUUCCUGUGAUUGCUUUCAUCGGACGGCUAGACAAUCAAAAAGGCGUAGACUUGAUAGCAGAAGCAAUGCCAUGGAUAGCUGGUCAAGAUGUACAGGUAAUACUGCUGGGUACCGGGAGGCAAGACCUCGAAGACACAUUGAGGAGGCUUGAAAGCCAGCACUACGACAGAGUUAGGGGUUGGGUUGGUUUCUCUGUCAGGCUGGCUCAUCGUAUGACCGCAGGAGCUGAUAUACUGUUGAUGCCGUCAAGGUUCGAGCCUUGCGGGUUGAACCAGCUCUAUGCAAUGAUGUAUGGGACCGUGCCCGUGGUGCAUGCGGUGGGUGGCCUUCGAGACACCGUCCAGCACUACAAUCCAUAUGAGGAGGCUGGGGUUGGUUGGACUUUUGAAAAUGCGGAAGCAAACAGGAUGAUCGAUGCGCUGGGGCACUGCCUGAACACGUGCAGGAACUACAAGUCUAGCUGGGAGGGACUCCGGAGGAGAGGGAUGAUGCAGGACCUAAGCUGGGACACUGCUGCUAAACGCUAUGAGGAGGUUCUUGUUGCUGCCAAGUAUCAGUGGUGACUGGGGAGUGGAUCCAAGAGCUUACUGAUGGUUGUCAUUCACAGACUGGAAGACGCUCUUGAUGUGUGUUGGCCCAGUAUCCCAAGUUGAGCAUGUUGGUUGAAACUGGAAGACGAAAUCUUUCCUGUAAGAGCCCAAGCCAUUCUCAACAGUGCAACUGUUAGCCUACUUCCUAGACGAAAGCUGCUGAAGAGGUGUUUCUUUGGAGGAGGUUUAAGCGGCACAUAGAAGAUUCAGCGGGCAGCGGCAAACAUCCUCCCUUUUGAAGGAUGCAUUUCUGAAGCCGCCUCUGUUUCCACAGGAUGAGCUCAGUUAGAUGCUUCAUUUAGCUCAGUAGAGUACCUACCAGCUAGCUCGGGAAUCAUUGCUUGGUUUAUUUGAUUGAUUGAUAGCUGGGUUGUACAUCCCGUCUAGGAGUUCGCUGUUGGGUUGGUCAUUUCUUAGAGCAAAGUCAUGUAAAUAGACAGUUGUAGCAUGAGGUUACCUGGCUUUGAGCGGUCCAUGUAAUUACUACGUACUCCCUCUGUCCGAAAA